AAUUUUGAGCAAAUAUAUAUUAAGUAGAACGAAACGAAACUAGACAUUUUGUGCGAAUGCGAAACUACCACCCAUCAGCUAAAUUAGGCCAGCUUUACUUGUGAUCAGAGUUCAAGGUCGGAAAACACCUUCCUGUCUAAGAUCAACUUUGUUCAAAGUUUACUUGUUAUCUCCGACCUGACUGUCACCAAUGGCUAUCGGAGGACAGUUGAUGUUAGGGAUCGUUAUCUACGGGCUGCUGAUAAGUCUGGCAGAUGGAGAAAUACACCGGGCAAAGACAAAUCAUAAAAGCGGGGGACGAGGUAGUCGAGACAUAGACGUGGCAAAAGAGAACCUAGCAGACGAUAUGUUUGGUUCUCAAGAGUUAAAUACUUGGAUUUAUGCGAGUUUGGCUUCUAUACUUGUCGGACUAAGUGGUAUUCUUCCACUUCUUGUCAUCCCCAUUGAUGCUGGUCCAGCGUUAAAACAUGGUGCUGCUGCCAACAAGUUGAAGUUGCUGUUGAGUUUUGCUGUCGGAGGUCUGUUAGGAGAUGUGUUCCUCCAUUUGUUACCGGAGGCCUGGAAACAUUUAAACAAAGGAGAACACAACCAUGAUGGACACAUGCAGGUCGGCCUCUGGGUGCUAGCAGGUAUCAUCUCAUUCCUCCUGAUAGAGAAAAUAUUUGCAAAAGAAGGAGAAUUUGAUCAUAUAGGAGACGAGUGUGAAGUAGAAACGGAUUCAGCAUUACAGAAGACAAACAGUCAAAACAGUAAAGAUUCUCUACGACAGCGGGAGAAAGGCAGUAAUAUAAAAGACAACACAAAACAAAAAGAAAUCUCUAAAAAAUCUUCCAAUGAAGUUUCAAAUUCACAGCCAAUAAAAAUCAGUGGAUAUUUAAAUUUACUAGCUAAUGUUAUAGACAAUUACACUCAUGGGCUGGCUAUAGGAGGCAGUUUCCUGGUCAGCAGUAAGGUGGGUGCCAUUACCACAUUUGCCAUACUUUUACAUGAAGUUCCUCACGAAGUAGGAGACUUCGCCAUUUUACUUCGCUCUGGCUUUGACAGAUGGAAUGCAGCUAAAGCGCAGAUGAUGACAGCGUCUGGUGUAUUUGUGGGAACUAUUACAGCAUUUGUAGCUGAAUCAGCCAAGUCAGCAGGUGAAUGUACAGCAUGGAUUUUACCAUUCACAUCCGGGGGUUUUAUAUACAUAGCUCUGGUUACUGUGGUACCGGAUCUUCUGGAGGAAAAACACGGCAGGGAGUCUGUGAAGCAGGUGCUAUGUCUGUGUGCAGGGAUCUGUUCUAUGGCCCUUGUGUCCCUCAUCCACUGAUCACAUCAAAGGGAAAUAACUCCAGACUGAAAACCAGGGUCAAAGUCCAGCGAAAGUCUCCAGCAAAUGUCCUAGGUCAUCAUCAACAUUCAAUUCCUAACUCUAAUGAAAAAUGGAAACAACUGAAUAUGGGUCAAAGUCCAAUGAAGGACUCCAGCAAGUGACCUUUGUCAAAUUAUUAUUGAUGUUCCAAUCCCACCUCUGACGAAAUACGGAAACAAGUAUGGACUGAAAACUAAGGUCAAGGCCAGGGAAGGAAAUGGCCUAAGUCAAAUUAUCAUUUGUCCCACCAUUUAUAAUAUACCAUUAUACUGAAAAUUAUGCUGACUUAAAGCUAGAGUCAAACUCCGUCGAAAUAAUAUACCAUUAUACUGAAACUUAUACUGACUUAAAGCUAAGGUCAACUCCAUUAAACUAAUAUACCAUUAUACUGAAACUUAUACUGAAUUAAAGAUGGGGUCAAACUCCAUUGAAGAACUCAUCAACAACCAAGGUCAAAUCAGCAUUAAUGUCUAAGUCCCACCUCUUAUCAAAUACCUCAUACCAGUUUAUUGAGGUCAUCAUCUUGUUUGUGACCAGCACUGUCCAUUGAUGGUUCUGUCUGCACUUUCUGUUGAUUCUGUCUGUUUGUAUUUAUGUUUGAGGCAAUCUAGUCAUAAUUCAUUGAUAAACAAGGUCAAGGUCAUUUAGUGACGUUCAGUAACAAUGAAGGUCAAUAUCGGCUGGUGAAAAUCAAUAAAAGGUCAAGGUCAUCUGAUGAAUAUUAAUACAAGUUCAAGGUCAUUACGUGACAUCAACAACAACGCUUUGAUAAAAUCUGUCCCCUGUAUAUGUUUAAGGUCAAUUUGUCUCUUUGGAAGAUUGACAGGUUUGCAAAGCUGAAAAUAAGAUGUUACCAAAUAUCUCCCAGAUAAUGAGAAUACAUGUACUGUAAUAUUUUACCACCUUGGGGGUGAAACAGGAGGAUCAGAACCUGUGAGAGAAGAUUAUUUGGUUGCCAAACACAAGGCUUUCUGUAAUACAUCAAUGCAAAACAAUGUUGACUUGACAUAAUUGACCGGAUUGUAUCAUUGUCAUGGCAACAGACAAUUGUUGAGAACCUGCAAAGAGCAUGUGUAGCUUGUCUCAAAUCUAAGGCGAGAUAAGGAAAUUUCACUCCAGUAAAAUUGUCCAGGAUAUGAGAAAAAUUUAUCUUGAACACAUUUAGGUAAAAGAUCCUUUUACUUGUACAUAAUAGAAACACAAUGACAUAAUAGCAAUAUAAAUCUAUUUCUAUUUCCAAUAAAUCCUUCAGUUUCUCUGUAUUACCUCCCCUGCAUCAGAAGACAAUUGGAUAAUCUGAUAUGCCAGCAUAUUAAUUCUGGUGUAAGUUUACACCACAUGUAGUGGAAAGGUUCUAGACAGAUCAGAGAAAAAACCCAGAAAAUUCUGGUGUUAGGUAGUAUGUCAGCUUUCUCUGUCUUUUGUACAAGAAAAGGCUUUCUCUAACGACCCUAAUAAAACCUCAAUGUUCUCUGUAAUAAAAAAUGAAGGUUAUUGUGUACUGUGCCAUAGAGGUUGUCUCCUGACAAUAGUUAUUUGUUCUGUUAUAACUGUAUUACUGUAUAAGCUUUUGUCUUCCAUGUUGAUGUUUGUGAGGUCUUGAUGCCAGAUUGUAUUAACACAAUGGUUGUUUAUAUCUAUGAUUAUUUUGAUAAAAAAAAAAAAAAUUUUGAAAAUAAUGUAUUUUUUGUCCGUUUUUGUUUAAUGUUAUCUUAACAUCAGAUCAUUUCAGAUCAAAGAUAAAUAUAUGACAGUUAUGAAAACAGACAAAAAAAUCCCAUUCAAUUUAGAAAGUUGUUCUGCUUUCAAUUAGUGAAAUGAAAAAAAUAUUGUUUUAUAUGCAUCUUAAAAUAUACUUUAUUUUAAGGGACACAUGUUCAACAACAAUUAAAAUGACAGCAAAUUAUACCUAGAUAAAACCUGUGUUACAUUGAUAUACCGGGCGGUACAUGAAUGAGUCCAGUAUUAUACCAAAAUGAAUUUAUAACUGUCCAUUAUGAAAAGAUUCUAGAAAAAAAAAUCAGAAGAAUAUUGUUACAAGAUAUUCUGUUAUGGAAGUCUCUAGUUACAGGAUAGGUCCCUGUAGCAAUUUAUUUUGGGUAGAACUUUCACGAAUUAUUUCUAAGAUGUAGAUUGUGAAGUGUGAUGCAGGUUCUCUGAUACUAAAUUUUUUUGAAUGGAAUUUUUAAGAGUUUUGGCAACAUUGUAUAUAUUUACAGAAAAAUCAUAGGACAUUUGUAUUCAUUAUUUUGACUCCAUCACCUGACCAUCAGUGAUUCAAGUUUGAAAUUAAAAAAAAAAAAAUAUUUUGAUAGAAUCAAUAUUAUAUAGAUCAGCUAUUAAAUUAACUGCCAACUUGUAGAUUCUGUGAUGUCCCUGGUGAUGGAUGUUAUAAGAGUUUGUUAUAUUUGUAUAUAAUAUUUUAAAGUACAGUUACUUAGGUUGUUUUUCUAUAGAAGAUUACUGGUUCUAUACUUAUUGAUAAGUAUCUUAUGGUUUACAUGAUCAAGUCUCAAAACUAGAGUGGAUUCACAAACAUCUAGGAAUAUUCAGACAAAAGAAUAAUAAUUCAGUUUUGUUCAUUGUUUAUGUCAAUCAAUAUAGAAAUUUAAAAGUUCAUUCUGCCAUUGGAAUACUGUGAAUAUAUAAAUUUUAGUGGUGAUCUUAUUUUCCUGCUCUUCACGGUGGAAUCAUUGUACUUAAAUAUAUAUAUAUUGCGCUACUUAUCAUUACAUGCAGAUUCUAUAUGCUAUUUAUAUUGCAAGUAGUGUGGAUAUGCCAAUUCAUUUAUGUUACCGGUCAAUCUGUUAAAAUUUGUUUAUAUGCUAAAAUUUGAGUACACAAAGACUUAAGAGAAGCAUAUUGACGGUAAUAUAAAGGCAUUUAGAUUUUUUGUUGAAAAGAUUGAGGACAUAUGACAUCACAAUAUCUCAAAGAAAUAUGAGGCAUACUUUUGAUUAUGUGAUGAAGAACAGUUAAAUUCUGUUAUGUCAUAGCAA